AGUACUCCUGCCAGCUGAUGUGGCAGUACUCUGGUGUCCUACAGUCCCUGAAGGCAGCAGCAGCACCACCACCCGCAGUUCACGCUCGGUUUCCGCACUGAGACCAGAGGACUCAGGAGACACAGGAGGGACAGCACGGACAGCAGAGACACCUGAGACACCCGGAGCACACACUUCUUCCACACAGAGGCAACUUUGUGAAUCUUCACACAAGACAGCACCCACAAACGCACACAGGCGGAGCCAUGGUGGAAUACUACCAGAUGUUGGGGGUCCAGAGAAAUGCAACGCAAGAUGACAUCAAAAAAGCUUACAGAAAAUUGGCAUUGAAGUGGCAUCCAGACAAAAACCCAGACAACAAGGAGGAAGCAGAGAAAAAAUUCAAAGAGCUGUCAGAGGCGUAUGAAGUGCUCUCAGAUGAAAGUAAGAGGAAUAUUUAUGACAGAUACGGCAAAGAAGGCCUUUCAGGAGGAGGAGGCGGAGGAGGAGGACAUUACGAUCACUAUGGCGGUGGCGGCUUCACAUUCCGUAAUCCUGAAGACGUUUUCAGGGAAUUCUUUGGUGGCAGAGAUCCAUUUGGAGAUUUGUUUGCCGAUGACCCUUUUGAUGAUUUCUUCGGAGGCAGUCGCAGUCGCCAGAGGGGCACAAGUCGGAACAGGAUGGGAGGCCCGCUCUAUGGUUUUGGGGGCUUCCCAGCUUUCGGGCAUGGCUUCUCAGGGUUUGAUUCAGGUUUUAGCUCGUUUGGAGACAUGGGUGGAGGAGGCAUCACCUCUUUCUCUUCUUCAUCUUUUGGUGGCGGCGGAGGUGGAGGCGGUGGAGUAGGGAUGAUGGGUAAUUUCAGAUCAGUGUCGACCUCCACCAAGUUCAUCAACGGCAGAAAAAUUACAACAAAACGGAUUGUGGAGAACGGCCAAGAGCGAGUGGAGGUGGAGGAAGAUGGUCAGUUAAAAUCUCUUACAGUUAAUGAUAUCGCCGCCGAAGAGCCCUUGGAGGAAGAGUGUCGUCGCCGCAGACAGAACACACUUCCUGGCCUCAGCUUGCACCCACGCUACCUGCGGAAUUCAACCCAAACUCCUGCAGAAGAAGAGGAGGACCACGGCCUGCAGUGCCUAACGAGAGGACACAUGGACUCCAAGAGGAAGAAACUGUGGCUAAAGGAGGAGUCCAAAAAGAAAAGAGCUCCUCGACUCUUCCCACGGUUCGGUGGACUCGGUGCCUUUUUUUAAACACACACACACACACACACACACACACACACACACUUGUUGACAGAAGCAUCAUCUAUCACACGCAGCAUUAUUUCAUCUAUGCUACGUAUCAGAGGCCCAACAUCCCCACUGUGCCGUAUCUUCUCUUGUCCAUCAGCUGCAGUGCAGAUUAUAACCACUGUCUACUUUCAUCAGCUGAGCGCCAGCCUGCAGAGACCUCACGUCAGUGUUUUGUUUUGUCCAAGGUGCUUUUUUCUUUUCUUUUUUUUUUAGUAGUUAAGCUUUUGCAAUUUGCUGUAUUUAUUGUGGGGGGCGGGGCGGGGUGGGGUGGGGGGCUGUGGAUGUACAGUGAGCGUUCAGAACCCUAAUUAAUCGGCAUGUUUUUGAAAGCGCGUGUUUGCAUUUGAACGGGUUCUGGUGGAAGGAGAAUUACAGUAGUGGCCUUGUUUGUGAUUAGCGUGAGAAUUACUGCACUAAUACUGUAAAGCAUGUGAGAAUAAAUGAAGGUCAGUGAAUCCUUUUUCCAAUAGAGAGGAGGAGGGAGAGGGGAUAGAACACAAUGAAAGCACUUAAGAGUUGAAUUUUUUUUUAUAGAAAGAGAUGAACAUAUUCAGCACUCUCCUCCAUCAUAUAUGAAAACUGAACGUCAACACUCUGGCAGUAAUAUUAUCCAUGAUUUACCACGACUCCAACAGGGUGGGAAACAGCUUUUAACUCCUCUGAAAAAUAUUGUUUCCUGGAAUCAGUAACGUGUUUCAUAAAAGUUUCCAUAAACAAACAUGAUAGUUUCCCUCGUCUGCCUUGUCCUUGACAGUCGUCAUGAUCAGUGAGUGGAAAUGUGGAAAUGUCAAAGAAAUGUUCAUUUUUUUAUGGACUCCUACAAAUAAACGCGUAAA